GCUCGAAAUCUGAGCUUGGUUUGGAAAAAAUGGCAGCUGCAGCAACCACUUCUGCUUGGCAAAGCUCUACCACAACAUCAAUGGCGUACGAGCCUUGGGUUUUUGGCAGGGAUGGAGAUAAAAGGAUGAUCACUGAAAUGAUUCUCAGGGAAGAAGAACCCACUGAAACCAAUGUUUCAGUGAUCUCCAUUGUUGGCAUGGGUGGAGUUGGGAAGACCACACUUGCCCUGAUGGUGUACAACGAUGAGGAAACAGCAAAAAAAUUUAGUCUCAAAGCUUGGGUUUGUGUAUCAAAUCAGUACGAUAUGGUGAGAAUAACAAAGACAAUUCUCGAGACUGUCACUUCCCACAGCAGUAACCUGCAGGAUUUUAAUCAAAUUCAAAGGGCUUUGAGUGAAACAUUGAGAGGAAAAAGGUUUUUAAUAGUUUUAGAUGAUUUGUGGAAUGAGGAUUAUGGUGAUUGGAACUGCUUGAGAUCUCCCUUUUGGACUGGAGGAAAAGGGAGCAAAAUCAUAGUUACAACUCGCUGCAAAGGGGUUGCAACUAUGAUGGGAGGAGAAAGAAUUUGUAUGAGUUAAAGCAUUUAUCUUAUGAAGA